GCAGUCGCUGGAAGAUGACGUAUCUCUGAGCGUCCGACUCAGAGUUGACUGGAGAAAGCAUGUGGGGCUGCGGCGCGUUCUGGGGGGCGCGAGCCCCGUCCCAGCUGCAGCGGUGGCUGCUCCCCGCUUCCCGCCGCCGCCGCCGGCCUGCUGCCGCCUCCUUCUCUGCAUCUGCCGAGCCCUCCCGGGUUCAGGCGCUGGUCUAUGGGCACCACGGGGACCCAGCCAAGGUCGUCGAGUAAGACACGGCGCCGAGACGGGGCAGGGGGCUGGGGUUCCUGGAGGGCUUUAAGACCGGACGUGGAGAGGGGUCUGGAAAGGGAAAGACGGAGCCCGAGGAGGAAGGCAGAGAAUAAUCGGACCGAAACUAUUGCCCAGGUCACGUGUGGUAGCUCAGAAAGUCCGUGCUUCGAAGAAGUUGAAAACCUGAGAGGCACAGUCAUAACGACUGAAGAACCUGGAGCUGGCUGCUGUGGGCGGAUCGGAUGUCCAUGUGAAGAUGCUGGCGGCCCCUAUCAAUCCAUCUGACAUCAAUAUGAUCCAAGGAAAUUACGGCCUCCUUCCCCAGCUGCCGGCUGUUGGAGGGAACGAAGGUGUUGGACAGGUGGUGGCAGUGGGCAGCCAUGUGACCGGGGUGAAGCCGGGAGACUGGGUGAUUCCAGCAAAUGCCGGUUUGGGAACCUGGCAGACGGAGGCGGUGUUCAGCGAGGAUGCACUCAUCGGGGUACCAAGGGAUAUCCCUCUUCAGAGCGCGGCCACCCUCGGUGUCAAUCCCUGCACAGCCUACAGGAUGCUGAUGGACUUUGAGCAGCUGCGACCAGGGGAUUCUGUUAUCCAGAAUGCAUCCAACAGUGGAGUGGGGCAAGCAGUCAUCCAGAUCGCCGCAGCCCUGGGUCUGAGGACCAUCAACGUGGUCCGAGACAGACCUGACAUCCAGAAGCUGAUGGACAGACUGAAGAAUCUGGGGGCCGAUCAUGUUGUCACAGAAGAAGAACUAAGAAAGCCUGAGAUGAAGAACUUCUUUAAGAAUGUGCCCCAGCCGCGGCUUGCUCUCAACUGUGUUGGCGGGAAAAGCUCCACAGAGCUGCUGCGGCACUUGGCGCCUGGAGGAACCAUGGUGACCUACGGGGGGAUGGCCAAGCAGCCCGUCGUCGCCUCCGUGAGCCUGCUCAUUUUUAAAGAUCUCAAACUUCGGGGCUUUUGGAUGUCCCAGUGGAAGAAGGACCACAAUCCAGACCAGUUCAAGGAGCUGAUCUUCACACUGUGCGACCUCAUCCGCCGAGGCCAGCUCUCGGCCCCCGCCUGCUCCGAGGUCCCCCUGCAGGACUACCAGCGUGCCCUGGAGGCCUCCAUGCAGCCCUUCGUGUCUUCAAAGCAGAUUCUCACCAUGUGGUGAGCCCAGAGGAGCCAGAGUUAAGUGGGAGGGGAGGCGGAUCAGCAGGACCGGUUUCAGGCCCUCCCUUUGGGGCCCCCACCCUUUUGCAGGCUGCUCCUCUCCCUCCUGUCACUUCUGACUCAGAGAAUCAGGAGGGCAGCCAGGGCUUUCCCAGGGCCAGCCUCAGGGUGUCUAAUAAAGUCCAAAUUUCCUAAAAACAAGCAAACACAAACCAGCAGAAGUCAUCCCUGUCAAGAAGGCCGUCUCCCAGCACUAAGAAGCCGCCUGGCCUGCCCUCACCUCUCAUCCAGCUGUCAUUUCUGACCUCCCUGAAAGCAACGCCUGGGCAGGGCUGGCAGGUACAAAAGCCAGUCAGAGACUUUUGCCUCUCUGCCCUCAAGCCCUCCAAGCCCACAGAGCGGGAUCUUCUGAAAAGGAAGGUCCGACUCGUUCUCAGGUGGUCUGCAGCUCAGGACGGGGCAGGGGGAAGAUCAGCUCCACAAACGAGCAGGUGCCAGGCUGAGAAACCACAGAAACGGCCUCUCCUGUGGCCACACCAUCCUCAUGGAACGUCUGUUCUGACGGAGGAGGUAGAAGUUAUACCGGUGGUUCUCAGCCUGAGGUCUUUUGCCCCCGGGGGACUUUCUGGCUGCCGUAAUUGAGGGCGUGCUGCCGCUGUCUAGUGAGGAGAGGUCGCCGCCGAGCGCCCUUGUGCGGAGCGCAGCCUCCCUCCCGCCGCAGCGCCGCUGUUGAGAAGCCCCGCGUUGAAGCCCUGGUCCCGCGGUAAUUACCGUAGCGGUUAGCGCGCUAAAGACGCGUGCGGUGCUUUGAGCUCAUGACUAAGGCCUUGUCCUAGGCCUUCCUGAGUGAAGCUUGAAGCUGAGCCCUAAAAAAUGAGUAGCUUUGUUCAAAGAGAAGAGUUUGACGCUGUGCCUCUUUGGUGUUUGCUUCGUGAUCCCUCAGAGCAAAGCGCCAGAGAGGCGGGGACGUCUCCCUCAUCACCUGGCUCUCUGUCCCUGCGCUCGGGAGCCUCGCUGGGGGAGUACUCACUGGGAGCCCGAGUGUGCCUGAGGCUGGGGCGACCCGGGCUGGCCCGAAAGCAGCCUGCCUGCUGCACAGUGUACUAACGCGGCCGCUGGCACGGAGGUGUUCAGACCUGAGGGUUUAAGGAAGCCUCCCAGAGGAGGUAUGGUCACAGCCACCCUGGAAGGCCCCAAGCAAAGCCAGCAAACAGCAUGCCGCAGAGUGGAGGCCCAAGAGAGCCUGACGGUGGGGGAACUGCCCCCAGGCGAGUACAGCCCCUGGCUAGGAGGUGGGGGGCAUGCGAAGACUGAGAUGGGGGCAGUGGGCAGAGUGGGCGGGCUCAGGACUUACCCUUGAGACAGAGGGGGCACUGAGGGAUUUUAAGCAGUGGAGUGAUGUGGGAACUGACUCUGAAGGCCAGAGGACUCUCGGGUUUUGUUGCGCACCGACCUAUACACGGGACCCUGUGCAAUCCUCUUGCCUUCAGGAGCAUCUUGUUUGUCCUCUGGAGAAGAGGAUUGAUGUCACCCUGGGGCUGGGAAAGGGUUGCAGGUGCCCCCUGGAUAAGAUUUGUACACCCCCAGUUGCCCAAGUCCCUCCUGUCCUUUGUCCUCAAGGUUAGUGAGAUGGAUGGUUCAUGCAGUUGAUCAGUGUGGGCAAGUGCAAAAAGUCUGAGCGGGGAGGGGGUGGCUGCCCACAGGCUGCAGGAGUGAAAGUUAAGAUUAGUUCUUCCAGGGCACCCCACAAGGUUGAGCUUAGGAGCUGGGAGGAGCCUGCAGCCGUGGAGAGCAGUGGGCCCCUAGUAUAGGCUCAGGAGGCAGACGGGGAGGAAGAUUCCUAGCACCGCUAGAGAUCUUGUGGAGGGGUGUCCUGAGAACGGUACCUCUGGGGGGCGGCAGCUAGCAUUUAGGCUGGCCUUUAAAGGAUGAUAUUUUCACAGGCAGGGGAGGGGGACAAGCAUUACUGAUUAAGGGAAGGAUUAAAGUUAUACAGAGGACAUUUAUGUCAGAAUCUUCUCGUUUUCCCCAGAUACCAUUCUCUUCGUAAGAAUUAAAACUGACAACUUCUAGGUGGGCAUGUGGUAGCUGGCACAAACAGUCUCCCUGCCUCCUUGCAGCUGAUAAGGUCUGUCCUAUGUGAUGUAAGCAGAGGUGGCAGGUGGCAGUUUCUUAGGAACCUCUUUAAAAUAAAACUGGCAUCCAUCCUAUGCCUCUUUCUUCCCCUUUCACUUCCUCCUGACUGAGAUGCAAACAUGAUUCCUGGAAUCUGCAUGGCCGUCUUUGACCAUGUUGAGAACGGACAGCAGCAAGAUCAAAGGGGCCUGGGUUCCUGACACCCAGAGGCCAACUGUCCACCUUAGGACUUGAGAUGAGAAAACGAGCUUCUGUGUUAUUUAAGCCCUUAGUGCUUGGGCUUUCUCUGAGUCUAAUCAUAACUGAUAAAUAUGCUAUGAUUUAAUUUAUAUUGAAAUCAUGUCAAUCAUCUGAAGCUGAAAAUUUCACAAAAAUCACAAUCUGAAUUGUGGCAGGUUGUGAUUCCCAGCUAAGGAAUUUGGACUAUAUCCUUUUGGCAGUAGGGAACAAAAGAUUUCUGAGCCAGAAGAUCCCUCUUAGAAAAAUCCCUCUAGCAUCAGCAAAAGGUGAAAGCAUUCACUGUCAGAAGAUCUAUGUAUGUUAAGGAAGUUUUCUAGGCAGAAGGAAACUAUCAGAUAAAAAGAUGAUUCUGCACAAAAGAGUGACAAGCAACAGAAGUGGUGUGUACAUAUAUAUGUAUAUAUAUGUAAAUAUAAAAAAACAUUUUUCUCAUUUUAAUCUUUUUAAUUGAUCACAGACUGUGUAAAGCAAAACUAAUAGCAGUGUAUUGUGUGAUUUAUAACACAAGGAAUUUAAAUUAGUGAAGUAACCAGACCAAGGCCAGGAAGAAGGUGAUGGAUAUUUACAGUUGUAUGAUUCUCAUACUAUAUACACGGAGUGCUAUAAUAUUUGAAGCUAGACUGGCAUAAAGAUGUGUAAACCCUAGAGAAACCACUAAAAAACAAAACAAAGAAGUAUAAAUAUUAAACAAAAAAAAAGAGGAGUUCCCGUUAUGGCACAGCCAACUAGUAUCCAUGAGGAUGCAGGUUCAGUCCCUGGCCUUGCUCAGUGGGUCGUGGAUCCAGUGUUGCCAUGAGCUGUGGUGUAGGCCAGCAGCUGUAACUCUGAUUUGACCCCAGAAGGAAGGAAGAAAAAGGAAAGGAGAUCCCUCUGGCAGCAGGUUGGGGGACAAUUUGGAGAAGGGAGGCACUAAAGAAAGAACAUCAGACAUUCCCAGAUGAGUCAAGUCUCCCUAUAAUUUGAAGACCAACAUAGGGAUUACCAACAUUUAAUGAGGUCAGCAGAGGAAAGGAGCCUGAGACCUAACAAUGUCAAAAGAGAAUCUGACUUAGAAUGGAUCAUCUUAUCCUUUCUUUACAAAUACAGGAGAUUUUUUUUUUUAAUCUUCAGGCUGAAUAAUCUCUGUGGAGCUGGGACAGCUCUUCUGGCCCAUGAAGUAAACAGUAUCCUUUUUAAAUGGCUGAAGGAGAAUCCUUUGGCUCCAGGAGAAGGAAAGAAGACAAAUAGGCAUUACCUCCUAAACCAAAGCUUGGGCACACCUGAAGCCCUGAGUCUUGAUGACUAGCUCCCCUAGCAUCUGCCCCUCAUCUGCUUACAGCCAGUGCCAUAAUAUUGAUGACUGCUGUCUUGGGAGAUGAGAUAAUUAAGCCUGCUUUCCUCAAGGAAAGACCAAAGCCCAGAAGAAAAAGGUUCUUGCAUUAACCUGUGUGUGCCAAGCGUCUGUCCUGGUACAUGGAAGCUCGCAGCAACUCCCACCAGCCCCAAGCUUAUUGACAGGUGCCAUGCUAGGACACUGAGCCAGCUGAGACAGCCAGAGGAAACGGUGGAAGAAGAGAGAUUCAGUCCUGGCACAGCAUCUCCCUGCCUCUGACGGCAGGAAAACCCUGGGGAGACAGGAGGGCUGACUUGAAGGUAAGCUGGCACCCUGAGAGGGAAGAAAGCUUUCCCUGUGCCCCUGACCCUCUGCAGCGUGCAGGCACUUCCACAUGCAUCUUCAUUUGAUUUUUACAACUUGCCUAUGUCACAGGUUUUUUUGGGGGGGUUUUUGUUUUAUCUUUUUAGGACUGUACCCGGAGCAUGUGGAAGGUCCCAGGCUAGGGGUCAAAUUGGAGCUACAGCUGCCAGCCUACACCACAGCCACAACAACAUGGGAUCCGAGCCAUGUCUGCGAACUUCACCAUAGCUCACAGCAAUGCCAGAUCCUUAACCCACUGAGCGAGGCAAGGGAUCAAACCAGCGUCCUCAUGGACACUAGUCAGGUUCGUUACUGCUGAGCCACAACAGGAACUGCUGUCAUAGAAAUUUUAAUAUCCCCACUUUUCAGAAAAGGAAGAUGCAGAGAGAGGAGGUGACAUGGUCACCAGCAGGAAGCAAGCCGGCACCAGAAGCCAGGUCCCCUGACCCUAUCUGGUCACCAUACCAGUCAAUCCCAAUCCCUUUGGCCCCACAGUUGGCCUUGGCUCCCUCUUUUCUCAGGUCUCCUUGAUUUUGUUCAGUGAUAAUUGACUGAGUCAGAAGAAUUCAAAUUUCCCUGAGUCUGUUUCUUUGAGAGGCAUGAAAAAGGAAGAAUCAGGAAGCCAUUGAGGUAGUCCAGGUGAGAACUCAUUCAUUUAUUCAUUUAGUAAAUAGUUGAACACCCAUUAUGUAAAAAGUAUACAGCAGGAGACAAAAGACAUGUCCCCUGAUACCAAAGAGUUUACAUUCUAGUGGAGGAGAAAAACAGUGAAUAAGUGAAUAAAUGAGGUAAUUACAGCGUGUGGCAAGUGCUAUGAAAGAAAAAAAAUAACAAUAUCAUAGUGAUGAGGGUACUCAGAGAAGGUGGGCAAAGAAGGUCUAAAUCCUGAGUAAGAAGUCAUCCAUAUUCCAGGCAGAGGGAGCAGCAUGUUUAAUUUUAAAGCCUUGAUGUGUAAACAAUAUGACCAAGCCUUAACUAGCUUAGUUAAGUGGGAGUAGAGAGAAGUGAAUGGAUUCUUGAGUAUUUAGAAGUGAGAAUCAACUGGACAGAAUGCAUGUGGUGCUUGAAGUUUGAACUUGGGCACCUUGCUAGAAAGAGAUGCCACUCCCUGAGUUAGGGAGCUCCAGAGGAGAAGCAGGUUUUGGAGACAGACAUUUCCUCUCAAGGAAGGGGGGUGCUCUUUCCCCAGGUUGACCAGAUUAUGUAACAAUCAAGGUCAGCAUCAGUUCUUCAUAGUAACUAUGAUCCUCACACUUUUCUAAAUACCAAAUGGAGCAAAGAUUGCAACAUAAAAAUAAGUCUUAGGAGGUCCCUCGUGGCCUAGUAGUUAAAGAUCUGGCAUUGUCACUACUAUGCCACAGGUUCCAUCACUGGCCCAGAAACUUGUGCAUGCCUCGGGCAUAGCAGAAAAAAAAG